AUGGCAGCCUCUGUUAAAGGAAAUAAGGAAUCUGUAAAAAAGAAUGAAAAUUUUGAUCUUCUCUCUAUUACUGAGUCUUUAGGUUAUAAGACUAAUAGAAAAGCUAGUAAAAACUAUUGGAGCAAAGAAGAAGAUCAGAAACUAGCUGACUUAGUGAACGAUGAGCUGCUAGGGAUGGGUUUGGUGAAUGGUAUUAAGGAUCUGAAAACCAUACAUGACUCAAUGAAUUAUUCCAGACAGAUCAAGUGGGAAAAACUCAUACACGCUUUUAAAGAUAAAGAUAGAACCCCAAAGCUGUUACGAAAAAGAUGGAUUAGUGCUCUGGAUCCAAAUAUCAAAAGAGGGAAAUGGACACCGGAAGAGGACCAGAAGCUUAUUUCCGCUUAUGAAAAACAUGGACCUAAAUGGCUUGACAUCUCAUCAGAAAUAUUAGGUAGAACAGAAGAUCAAUGUUCUAAGAGAUACGUAGAGGUUUUAGGACCGAGCAGCAAGGAAAGACUACGUGAAUGGACAUUAGACGAAGAAUUGAGUUUAAUAAGUAAGGUCAAGAAGUAUGGAACAAAAUGGAGAACAAUAUCUUCAGAGAUGGAAAGUAGACCAAGUUUGACAUGUCGUAAUCGUUGGCGUAGAAUUAUAACUAUGGUGGUAAGAGGCCUGGCACCUGAAGAGAUUAUGAAAGCAGUAAAAGAAGAUAAAAAUAUAGAUUUUGGUAUCGGACAGUUCAAGAAAUACAAAAGAAGGUCAAAAUUAAAAGAAAAUGGGAACUCUAGUAAUAGCACGUCUCAAAUUAGUUUACUUACGGAAACAACGAGCGAUACAAUGAGUUAUGCUAGUUUGACCUCGCCUUCCCAAGAUUUCAGCAGUAGUAAUGCUAAGGAUAUUGGAAUAGAGGUGGCUACUGAAAUGAAGAAUGAAGAUAACAAAUUCAACCAGAAACAGAGAUCAAAUACUAAUUCUAUCAGCUCACAGGACAAUGUAAGGGAAGGUCUUGAAACUAGGGCAUUAAGCUUAUUCGAAAUGAAGCAAUCAAAAAGGCCUUACAAAAGUGCUUCUCCUGUACAAGUUGCAAGUCACUUGAAGACAAGUAAUGUCAUGAAAACAGCAAUGAAAUCGCCAAGUAGUUUAACAUCCCCAGGAUCAGUAUUAGCAGAUUCCAGAUGUGAUACACCUUCCCUUGAGCAACAAUUUGCUGAAACAACCAUAGAUGAUCAAAGCAAACCUAAGAUUACAACACAUCAAUGGAAAUUUACCCUAAAGGAUAGUCAGGAUUAUUCAAUUUCCAAUGGAAGUAUCAGUAACUCCCAGCUUGUUAAAGAACUGGUCGAGCAGGCUAAAAAGCAUAACUUGAAAAUUUCAAUUCAUCAGCAUAUACAUAAUCAUUACGGUAGUCCAGCUGCCAAGCAAUCAUCUCAGGUAAAUUUGAAUGAUUCCAUUUCAAGGAGCCAGUCUGUGAAACCAGUAGCAGAUGCAUUAGCUCAGCAUCUAGAAGUUUCCAACGAUUUAUCUGUAUUUGAAACUCCAAAUGAUUAUGGGCAUGUAUUUAAUGUAUCUGAUAAUGCCUUUAUGGCAACCUCCCCAAAUUACAACCCCUUUGGAUUAGAUGCGGACACGCCGGUUUCGAACGAUUAUUACAGUAAGCCAUCGAAUGAAGCUAAUAUGUCACCAGACCAGAGAGGUUCGCAAAUAUCAAAUGAGCAUGGACAUACAGGCACUUCAAGUUCAGCUGGUUCGUUCAGCACCCCCGGCAGCGAAUUACCAGAAGGUGGUCCGAACCGGAUGACACACUUUACAUACUUGCCUUCUACAAUGAAACCACAAUUAGAAUCUUCGGGAUCUACUAGAUCAACUAAUCUUCAGUACCUAUUAGGUGAGAACGGUCAUAAACAUAAAAAGCGUAAGCGUAGAACAAGCAGACAGCAUGAAGUUGAUAGUGAGAGAGCACUGGAUGAGGAGAAUAAAAGAAUUAAAUUGGAAUAUGAAAAAACCAGCGAUGAUUCUAAACAAACAACAGUUAAUGGCCAAUCAAAUUACAACAAUUUCUAUAGUCUUGAAGAAGACGAAGAAGAUUUUUGGGAGUCAUUGAGGUCCCUUGCAGAUAAUCCAGCAUCUCCUGGAAAGCAAGAUAUGUCUCAGUCCUACGUAUCUGCUGGCAAAGACAACACCUUAAAUGCAGUAUCACAAACUGGUCACCACCUACAUGGACGUGGAUUAGCUGAAAUCAAUACCCUAGAUAGUUUCUUAGGGAAUGAGGAUGAUGAAGGUAUAUCGAUGGGCGGCUCUGAAGAUGGAGAGGCAUUUUUUCUUCCUCUUAACCCAAGUUAG